GUGUGGCCGCCAGAUGAUGCCCGAGACCGCGGCUCCGCGGGCAGUGCCCCGACAAGGUGGAGCCCGGCGGGCCCGCGAGUCCAAGACCUGUCCCAGGAGCUCCAGCUCACGUGACCUGUCACUGCCUCCCGCCGCCUCCUGCCCGCGCCAUGACCCAGCCGGUGCCCCGGCUCUCCGUGCCCGCCGCGCUGGCCCUGGGCUCAGCCGCGCUGGGCGCCGCCUUCGCCACUGGCCUCUUCCUGGGGAGGCGGUGCCCCCCAUGGCGAGGCCGGCGAGAGCAGUGCCUGCUUCCCCCCGAGGACAGCCCCCUGUGGCAGUAUCUUCUGAGCCGCUCCAUGCGGGAGCACCCGGCGCUGCGAAGCCUGAGGCUGCUGACCCUGGAGCAGCCGCAGGGGGAUUCUAUGAUGACCUGCGAGCAGGCCCAGCUCUUGGCCAACCUGGCGCGGCUCAUCCAGGCCAAGAAGGCGCUGGACCUGGGCACCUUCACGGGCUACUCCGCCCUGGCCCUGGCCCUGGCGCUGCCCGCGGACGGGCGCGUGGUGACCUGCGAGGUGGACGCGCAGCCCCCGGAGCUGGGACGGCCCCUAUGGAGGCAGGCCGAGGCGGAGCACAAGAUCGACCUCCGGCUGAAGCCCGCCUUGGAGACCCUGGACGAGCUGCUGGCGGCGGGCGAGGCCGGCACCUUCGACGUGGCCGUGGUGGAUGCGGACAAGGAGAACUGCUCCGCCUACUACGAGCGCUGCCUGCAGCUGCUGCGACCCGGAGGCAUCCUCGCCGUCCUCAGAGUCCUGUGGCGCGGGAAGGUGCUGCAACCUCCGAAAGGGGACGUGGCGGCCGAGUGUGUGCGAAACCUAAACGAACGCAUCCGGCGGGACGUCAGGGUCUACAUCAGCCUCCUGCCCCUGGGCGAUGGCCUCACCUUGGCCUUCAAGAUCUAGGGCUGGCCCCUAGUGAGUGGGCUCGAGGGGGGCUUGCCUGGGAACCCCAGGAAUUGACCCUGAGUUUUAAAUUCGAAAAUAAAGUGGGGCUGGGACACACGA